AAAUCAUCAUUUGUUGUGUAGGAACCCAGUAAUCAUGUACUCAGCUCUGCUCCUUACUGUCGUGGUGGUGGGCGCUGCAGCGUGGGAAACAGUCCCAAGUCCUGAACAGUAUCUAGACGUGGGAGAUUUCUACCAGUAUCUUCAUGAGCCGAAUCAUCAUAGGCAAACUAGACAGCUACAUGGAAAUACUUUUUUCAAUUCUGAUGGGACUUCAGGUUUCGGAUUAUCAGCGCCAUUCGGAACCAGCCAGAAGAAUACGUUCAGUGCUAUCGGAGGAGCUAACUUCGAUGCUGCCAGUCGUCUACAAUCUGCUUCCUAUGGGCUCGCCAUGAAUAAUGCCAACGGUCAUGGACUCUCCGUAACGAAUACGCACAUCCCAAACUUCGGCAAUCAAUUCAAAGCUGCCGGAUAUGCGAAUCUGUUCCGCAAUCAGAAUCAUGAUGUAUCAGUGAACGCUUACUUCGCCAAGAACAGGCCUCAGUUACCUCAAAUUCCUAAUUACAAUACUGUCGGGGCUGGAGUGGACUAUAUGUUCAAGAACAAAGUCGGAGGAUCAGUAGGUAUAGCUCAUACGCCAUACUUUGAUAAAACAGAUUACUCGCUCAACGGUAAUGUCAACUUGUUCAGAAACAAAGGUUCAUCACUGGACUUCAACGCUGGUUUGAGCAAGUCUGUAUCGCCCUUUAUGCCGAAAUCAAGUUGGCAGCCGUCUACUGGAUUUACAUUUAGGAAAUUCUUUUAAUUGAAUUUCUUUAGAUGAUAAGGACCUAUUUCAUAAUGUCUGAUGAAGUUCAUGUCACAGCAACACGCCUUUUAUCCCCGAAGGGGUAGAGAGAGGUGCAUAUUUCGGCACUUAAUGCCACUGUACAAUGUAACGCCC